GGGCGAGCGCCUCCGUCCCCGGAUGUGAGCUCCUGCUGCCCGCGGUCCCGAGCCAGCGGCGGCGGGGGCGGCGGCGGCGGGCACCCGGCACCGCGGCGGGCGGACGGGCGGCAUGGGGGGCGCUCCGAGCGGCCCCGGUGGCGGGGCCGGCAUCACCGCGGCGUCCCUCCGCUAGAGGAAGGGACCAAGCCAAUUCUCCUUUGCAGCAAAAAAUUAAAUGUAUAUAUUAUUAAGAUAAUAUAUACAUCUGAUUUUAUUUUUUUAAAAAGUUUAUUUUGCUCCAUUUUUGAAAAAGAGGGAGCGUGGGUGGCGAGCGGUUUUUAUAAAUUAUCCUUAUUUUCUGUUAUUUGUCCCUGUCCUCCCCACCCCCUGCUGAAGCGAGAAUAAGGGCAGGGACCUCGGCUCCUACCUAUCGGUAACCCCCUUACCCAUCCCUCCCCCGCCCUAAUGCCCAGCAUAGUGCCCUGCACACAGUAGGCGCUCAAUAAAUGUUCGUGGAUGAUGAUGAUGAUGAUGAUGAAAAAAAUGCAGCAUCAACGGCAGCAGCAAGCGGACCACGCGAACGAGGCAAACUAUGCAAGAGGCACCAGACUCCCUCUUUCUGGUGAAGGACCAACUUCUCAGCCGAAUAGCUCCAAGCAAACUGUCCUGUCCUGGCAAGCUGCAAUCGAUGCUGCUAGACAGGCCAAGGCUGCCCAAACUAUGAGCACCUCUGCACCCCCACCUGUAGGAUCUCUUUCCCAAAGAAAACGUCAGCAAUACGCCAAGAGCAAAAAACAGGGUAACUCGUCCAACAGCAGACCAGCCCGCGCCCUUUUCUGUUUAUCACUGAAUAACCCCAUCCGAAGAGCCUGCAUUAGUAUAGUGGAAUGGAAACCAUUUGACAUAUUUAUAUUAUUGGCUAUUUUUGCCAAUUGUGUGGCCUUAGCUAUUUACAUCCCAUUCCCUGAAGAUGAUUCUAAUUCAACAAAUCAUAACUUGGAAAAAGUAGAAUAUGCCUUCCUGAUUAUUUUUACAGUCGAGACAUUUUUGAAGAUUAUUGCAUAUGGAUUAUUGCUACAUCCUAAUGCUUAUGUUAGGAAUGGAUGGAAUUUACUGGAUUUUGUUAUAGUAAUAGUAGGAUUGUUUAGUGUAAUUUUGGAACAAUUAACCAAAGAAACAGAAGGCGGGAACCACUCCAGUGGCAAAUCAGGAGGCUUUGAUGUCAAAGCCCUCCGUGCCUUCCGAGUGUUACGACCACUUCGACUAGUAUCAGGAGUGCCCAGUUUACAAGUUGUCCUGAACUCCAUUAUAAAAGCCAUGGUUCCCCUCCUUCACAUAGCCCUUUUGGUAUUAUUUGUAAUCAUAAUCUAUGCUAUUAUAGGAUUGGAACUUUUUAUUGGAAAAAUGCACAAAACAUGUUUUUUUGCUGACUCAGAUAUCGUAGCUGAAGAGGACCCAGCUCCAUGUGCGUUCUCAGGGAAUGGACGCCAGUGUACCGCCAAUGGCACGGAAUGUAGGAGUGGCUGGGUUGGCCCAAAUGGAGGCAUCACCAAUUUUGAUAACUUUGCCUUUGCCAUGCUCACUGUGUUUCAGUGUAUCACCAUGGAGGGCUGGACAGAUGUGCUGUACUGGAUGAAUGAUGCUAUGGGAUUUGAAUUGCCCUGGGUGUAUUUUGUCAGUCUCGUCAUCUUUGGGUCAUUUUUCGUACUAAAUCUUGUACUUGGUGUAUUGAGCGGAGAAUUCUCAAAGGAAAGAGAGAAGGCUAAAGCGCGGGGAGAUUUCCAGAAACUCCGGGAGAAACAGCAACUGGAGGAGGAUCUCAAGGGCUACUUGGAUUGGAUCACCCAGGCAGAAGACAUCGAUCCUGAGAAUGAAGAGGAGGGUGGAGAGGAAGGCAAACGAAAUACCAGCAUGCCCACCAGUGAGACCGAAUCCGUGAACACUGAGAACGUAAGUGGCGAAGGCGAGACCCAGGGCUGCUGUGGAAGUCUCUGCCAAGCCAUCUCAAAAUCCAAACUCAGCCGACGCUGGCGUCGCUGGAACCGAUUCAAUCGCAGAAGAUGUAGAGCUGCCGUGAAGUCUGUCACGUUUUAUUGGCUGGUUAUUGUCCUGGUGUUUCUCAACACAUUAACCAUUUCCUCUGAACACUACAAUCAGCCAGACUGGUUGACGCAGAUUCAAGAUAUCGCUAACAAAGUCCUCCUGGCUCUGUUCACCUGUGAGAUGUUGGUAAAAAUGUACAGCUUGGGUCUCCAGGCAUAUUUUGUCUCUCUCUUCAACCGGUUUGAUUGCUUUGUGGUGUGUGGCGGAAUUACUGAGACCAUCUUAGUGGAACUGGAAAUCAUGUCCCCUCUGGGGAUCUCUGUGUUCCGGUGUGUGCGCCUCUUGAGAAUCUUCAAAGUGACCAGGCAUUGGACCUCUCUGAGCAACUUGGUGGCGUCCUUGUUAAACUCCAUGAAGUCUAUUGCUUCAUUGUUGCUUCUGCUCUUUCUCUUCAUUAUCAUCUUUUCCUUGCUUGGGAUGCAGCUGUUUGGAGGCAAGUUUAAUUUCGAUGAAACGCAAACCAAGCGAAGCACCUUCGACAACUUUCCCCAAGCCCUUCUGACAGUAUUUCAGAUUCUGACAGGCGAGGACUGGAAUGCUGUGAUGUACGACGGCAUCAUGGCUUAUGGAGGCCCGUCAUCCUCAGGAAUGAUCGUCUGCAUCUAUUUCAUCAUCCUCUUCAUCUGUGGUAACUAUAUUCUACUGAAUGUCUUCUUGGCCAUCGCUGUUGACAAUUUGGCUGAUGCGGAAAGUUUGAAUACUGCUCAGAAAGAGGAAGCUGAAGAAAAGGAAAGGAAAAAGAUUGCCAGAAAAGAGAGCCUAGAAAAUAAAAAGAACAACAAACCAGAAGUCAACCAGAUAGCCAACAGUGAAAACAAGGUUACAAUUGAUGACUAUCGAGAGGAGGACGAAGACAAGGACCCUUACCCACCGUGYGAUGUGCCAGUAGGUGAAGAGGAAGAAGAGGAGGAGGAAGAUGAACCUGAGGUUCCUGCUGGUCCCCGUCCUCGCAGAAUCUCGGAGUUGAACAUGAAGGAGAAAAUUGCCCCCAUCCCUGAAGGGAGCGCUUUCUUCAUUCUUAGCAAGACCAACCCGAUCCGCGUGGGCUGUCACAAGCUCAUCAACCACCACAUCUUCACCAACCUCAUCCUCGUCUUCAUCAUGCUGAGCAGCGCUGCUCUUGCGGCUGAGGACCCCAUCCGCAGCCACUCCUUCCGGAACACUAUACUGGGUUACUUUGACUAUGCUUUCACAGCCAUCUUUACUGUUGAAAUCCUGUUAAAGAUGACAACUUUUGGAGCUUUCCUGCACAAAGGAGCUUUCUGCAGGAACUACUUCAAUUUGCUGGAUAUGCUGGUUGUUGGAGUAUCUCUGGUGUCAUUUGGGAUUCAAUCCAGUGCCAUCUCUGUCGUGAAGAUUCUGAGGGUCUUAAGGGUCCUGAGGCCCCUUAGAGCAAUCAACAGAGCAAAAGGGCUUAAGCACGUGGUCCAGUGCGUCUUUGUGGCCAUCCGGACAAUUGGCAACAUCAUGAUUGUCACCACCCUCCUCCAGUUCAUGUUUGCCUGCAUCGGGGUGCAGUUAUUCAAGGGGAAGUUCUAUCGCUGCACAGAUGAAGCCAAAAGUAAUCCUGAAGAAUGCAGGGGACUUUUUAUCCUCUACAAGGAUGGGGAUGUGGAUAGCCCUGUGGUCCGUGAGAGGAUCUGGCAAAAUAGCGAUUUCAACUUUGACAACGUUCUUUCUGCUAUGAUGGCGCUCUUCACUGUCUCCACUUUUGAGGGUUGGCCUGCGUUGCUGUAUAAAGCCAUUGACUCAAAUGGAGAGAAUGUUGGGCCAGUCUACAACUACCGAGUGGAGAUCUCCAUCUUCUUCAUCAUCUAUAUCAUCAUUGUCGCCUUCUUCAUGAUGAACAUCUUUGUGGGCUUUGUCAUCGUAACAUUUCAGGAGCAGGGAGAAAAAGAGUAUAAGAACUGUGAGCUGGACAAAAAUCAGCGUCAGUGUGUUGAAUACGCCUUGAAAGCACGUCCCUUGCGGAGAUACAUCCCCAAAAACCCCUACCAGUACAAGUUCUGGUACGUGGUGAACUCUUCGCCUUUCGAAUACAUGAUGUUUGUCCUCAUCAUGCUCAACACACUCUGCUUGGCCAUGCAGCACUAUGAGCAGUCCAAGAUGUUCAAUGAUGCCAUGGACAUUCUGAACAUGGUCUUCACUGGGGUGUUCACUGUCGAGAUGGUUUUGAAAGUCAUUGCAUUUAAGCCUAAGGGGUAUUUUAGUGACGCCUGGAAUACGUUUGACUCCCUCAUCGUAAUCGGCAGCAUUAUAGACGUGGCCCUCAGCGAAGCCGACCCAACUGAAAGUGAAAAUGUCCCUGUCCCAACUGCUACACCUGGGAACUCUGAAGAGAGCAAUAGAAUCUCCAUCACCUUUUUCCGUCUUUUCCGAGUGAUGCGAUUGGUGAAGCUCCUCAGCAGAGGGGAAGGCAUCCGGACAUUGCUGUGGACUUUUAUUAAGUCCUUUCAGGCGCUCCCAUAUGUUGCCCUCCUCAUCGCCAUGCUGUUCUUCAUCUACGCAGUCAUUGGCAUGCAGAUGUUCGGGAAAGUUGCCAUGAGAGAUAAUAACCAGAUCAAUAGGAACAACAACUUCCAGACGUUUCCCCAGGCGGUGCUGCUGCUCUUCAGGUGUGCAACGGGGGAGGCCUGGCAGGAGAUCAUGCUGGCCUGCCUCCCKGGGAAGCUCUGUGACCCCGAGUCCGAUUACAACCCUGGAGAGGAAUACACGUGUGGGAGCAACUUUGCCAUUGUUUAUUUCAUCAGUUUUUACAUGCUCUGUGCGUUUCUGAUCAUCAAUCUGUUUGUGGCUGUCAUCAUGGACAAUUUUGACUAUCUGACACGGGACUGGUCUAUUCUGGGGCCUCACCAUUUAGAUGAAUUCAAACGAAUAUGGUCAGAAUAUGACCCUGAGGCAAAGGGAAGGAUAAAACACCUUGACGUGGUCACUCUGCUCCGGCGUAUCCAACCUCCUCUGGGGUUUGGGAAAUUAUGUCCACACAGAGUAGCGUGCAAGAGAUUAGUGGCCAUGAACAUGCCUCUCAACAGUGAUGGGACAGUCAUGUUUAAUGCAACCCUGUUUGCUUUGGUCCGAACGGCUCUCAAGAUCAAGACUGAAGGGAACUUGGAACAAGCUAAUGAAGAACUUCGAGCUGUGAUAAAGAAAAUAUGGAAGAAAACCAGCAUGAAACUGCUUGACCAAGUGGUCCCUCCAGCCGGUGAUGAUGAGGUAACCGUGGGGAAGUUCUAUGCCACUUUCCUGAUACAGGACUACUUUAGGAAAUUCAAGAAACGGAAAGAACAAGGAUUGGUGGGAAAGUACCCUGCGAAGAACACCACAAUUGCCCUACAGGCGGGAUUAAGGACACUGCAUGACAUUGGGCCAGAAAUCCGGCGUGCUAUAUCCUGUGAUUUACAAGAUGACGAGCCRGAGGAAAUUAAACGAGAAGAAGAAGAUGUAUUCAAAAGAAAUGGUGCCCUGCUUGGAAACCAUGUCAAUCAUGUUAAUAGUGAUAGGAGAGAUUCCCUUCAGCAGACCAAUACCACCCACCGUCCCCUGCAUGUCCAAAGGCCUUCAAUUCCACCUGCAAGUGACACUGAGAAACCGCUGUUUCCUCCAGCAGGAAAUUCGGUGUGUCAUAACCAUCAUAACCAUAAUUCCAUAGGAAAGCAAGUUCCCACCUCAACAAAUGCCAAUCUCAAUAAUGCCAAUAUGUCCAAAGCUGCCCAUGGAAAGCAGCCCAGCCUUGGGAACCUUGAGCAUGUAUCUGAAAAUGGGCAUCAUUCCUCCCACAAGCAUGACCGGGAGCCUCAAAGAAGGUCCAGUAUUAAAAGAACUCGCUAUUAUGAAACUUACAUUAGGUCUGACUCAGGAGAUGAGCAGCUCCCAACUAUUUGCCGGGAAGAGGCAGACAUACAUGGCUACUUCAGGGACCCCCGCUUGGGGGAUGCCGAGUAUUUCAGCAGUGAGGAGUGUUAUGAGGAUGACAGCUCUCCCACCUGGAGCAGGCGAAACUACAGCUACUACAGCAGGUGCCCAGGCAGCAGUAUGGACUUCGAGCGGCCCCGAGGCUACCACCCUCCCCAGGGCUUCUGGGAGGACGAUGACUCCCCUGUUGGCUAUGACUCACGAAGAUCUCCCCGGAGACGCCUGCUACCUCCCACCCCAACAUCUCACCGGAGAUCCUCCUUCAACUUUGAGUGCCUGCGCCGGCAGAGCAGCCAGGAGGAGGUCCCACUGUCACCUGCCCUGCCACACCGAGCGGCCCUGCCUCUGCACCUGAUGCAGCAGCAGAUCAUGGCAGUUGCAGGCCUGGAUUCGAGUAAAGCCCAGAAGUACUCACCAAGCCACUCAACCCGGUCAUGGGCCACCCCUCCAGCAACCCCUCCAUACCGGGACUGGACGCCGUGCUACACCCCCCUGAUCCAGGUAGAAAGGUCAGAGUCCCUGGACCAGGUCAAUGGCAGCCUGCCAUCCCUGCACCGCAGCUCCUGGUACACAGAUGAGCCUGACAUCUCCUAUAGGACAUUCACACCAGCCAGCCUGACUGUCCCCAGCAGCUUUCGGAACAAAAACAGUGACAAGCAGAGGAGCGCAGACAGCUUGGUGGAGGCAGUCCUGAUAUCUGAAGGCUUAGGACGCUACGCAAGAGAUCCAAAAUUUGUGUCGGCUACAAAACAUGAAAUCGCCGAUGCUUGUGACUUAACCAUUGAUGAGAUGGAAAGUGCAGCCAGCACCCUGCUCAACGGGAACGUGUGUCCUCGGGCCAACGGGGAUCUGGGUCCUGCCUCACACCGGCAGGACUAUGAGUUCCAGGACUUCGGUCCAGGCUAUAGUGACGAAGAGCCAGACCUUGRACGAGAUGAGGAAGACCUGGCAGAUGAGAUGAUCUGCAUCACCACCUUGUAGCCUCAGCAGGGGCAGAGCAGCUCCAGCCUUUGUGGGGGAAAAGUGCCUCGUAGUUAGAAAGUUUAGGCACUAGUUGGGAGUAAAUAUUCAAUUAGACUUUUGUACAAGUGAUGUCAUGCCUCAAGGAAGCCAUAAACCUGGUAGGUACAGGUUCCAAGCRGCGAGCUCAGCAGUGCGCCAGGCGCUGAGCCCAGCAGCAGAAGGCAGAUCUGGUCCUCUUUCGAGGGCGGGUAAGGCCAGAGCAGUUCCUGCCGACCACCCAGAUGGGUGCUGCCAGGGGAGUCCAAGUCUCACCGCACCCAGGGUGCCCGAAGGAGCGGUGGGGAAGGUUAAAGGUGAUGACGAUCAUCACACCUUGUCAUUACCUCAGCCAUCAGUCUAGCAUAUCAGACACUCACUGGGCCCAGCAUAUCCAUUUUUAUACCCCAAACACACUGCUUCCUGGUUCCUGUUUAGCUGUUCUGGAGGACAGUGUCAGAACCCCGCUACCAGCGAUCAUCAUGAGAGRGGAGUGGGACCUCAUAGACAAGGUUUUCUGCUAUAUGACGCCAGUUUACAUAAGAGAAUGUCACUCGGAUGGUCAGUUCCGACUGUCGUGCUUAAGGGCAACUGUAAACUGGAAUAAUAAUGCACUCGCAACCAGGUAAACUUAGAUACACUAGUUUGUUUAAAAAUUAUAGAUUUACUGUACAUGACUUGUAAUAUAUUACAAUUUGUAUUUGUAAAGAGAUGGUCUAUAUUUUGUAAUUAUUGUACCGUAUUUGAACUGCAGCAAUAUCCAUGGGUCCUAACAAUUAUAGUUCCCCACUGAAAUCUAGAAAUUACUAGUAUUUUUACUUGGGCUAUAGAAAGGUAGACAAAAUAGAGCCAAUUCUCACAUAUUCAGUGAAAAUCCUUUGGGGGUAAAAUUUUGAGUUCGAAAGAACUUGACACUACAGAAAUUUUUCUAAAAUAUUUUGUCACUAUAAACCUGUCUUUACAUAAGUAUACAAGAUGACUACUUGCAGUUUUUUU